AUGAGCCGGUCGAGGCACCUGGGCAAAAUCCGGAAGCGUCUGGAAGACGUCAAGAGCCAGUGGGUCCGGCCAGCCAGGGCUGACUUCAGUGACAAUGAGAGCGCCCGGCUGGCCACAGACGCCCUCUUGGAUGGGGGUCCUGAAGCCUACUGUCGAGCGCUCAGCCAGGAAGGUGAGGUGGACUUCCUGUCCUCAGUGGAGGCCCAGUACAUCCAGGCCCAGGCCAGGGAGCCCCCCUGCCCCCCAGAACCUCUGGGAGGGGCCGAGCCAGGCCCUAAGGCACUGGACUCCAGCUCCCUGCAGUCAGGCACCUACUUCCCUGUGGCCUCGGAGGGCAGCGAGCCCGCCCUACUGCACAGCUGGGCCUCGGCCGAGAAGCCCUACCUGAAGGAAAAAUCCAGCGCCACUGUGUACUUCCAGACCGACAAGCACAACAACAUCAGAGACCUCGUCCGCCACUGCAUCACCCGGACCAACCAGGUACUGGUCAUCCUGAUGGAUGUGUUCACGGAUGUGGAGAUCUUCUGUGACAUUCUAGAGGCAGCCAACAAGCGUGGGGUGUUCGUUUGUGUGCUCCUGGACCAGGGAGGUGUGAAGCUCUUCCAGGAGAUGUGUGACAAAGUCCAGAUCUCUGACAGUCACCUCAAGAACAUUUCCAUCCGAAGUGUGGAAGGAGAGGUGUACUGUGCCAAGUCAGGCAGGAAAUUCGCUGGCCAAAUCCGGGAGAAGUUCAUCAUCUCAGACUGGAGGUUCGUCCUGUCUGGAUCUUACAGCUUCACCUGGCUCUGCGGACACGUGCACCGGAACAUCCUCUCCAAGUUCACGGGCCAGGCGGUGGAGCUGUUUGACGAGGAGUUCCGCCACCUCUACGCGUCCUCCAAGCCCGUGAUGGGCCUGAGGUCCCCGCGGCUGGUGGCGCCCGCCCCGCCCCGAGCAGUCCCGGCCAACGGCCGCCUCAGCAGCAGCAGCGGCUCCGCCAGUGACCGCACGUCCUCCAACCCCUUCAGCGGCAGCUCCGCGGGCAGCCACCCCCGCGCCCGAAGCGUGUCGGCGUCUCCAGGGCCCGGCAGCCCUGCGGCCCCGCACCCGCCUCCACCGCCCCGGUUCAAGCCGCGCCACAGUCCCUGGGGGGCCCCGAGUCCCCAGGCCCACUUGUCCCCGCGGCCCCACGACGGCCCGCCCGCGGUCUACAGCAACCUGGGCGCCUACAGGCCCACGCGGCUGCAGCUGGAGCAGCUGGGCCUGCUGCCGAGGCUGACCCCCGCCUGGAGGCCCUUCCUGCAGGCCUCCCCUCACUUCUGAAGGUCCCUUCCCCCGCUGCCCUCCGAAGGCCCAGGCUGGGCACUCCCGGGGGCCCCAGGACCCACCCCCACAGCGA